UACAAAUAUACAAGAAAGAACAAGUCGUACAUUAUUUUAACGGCACAAUAAAUGUACGUAAACCCAAUCGUUGCCUGGCAACAAAAGGACAGACGAACGUCGUCAGCAUCGAACUGGCCAAGAAUGGUCAUUGCAAUGUUAGAUAGGAUAAAUGGUUUUCAUUCAAGUGUGUAGUAAAGGAUAUGAAUGAAGUCCAACUAUUUUAAUAUCCAGGUUUUGACUCUGUUCCUGCUGUCGCUGAUCCCAUGGCCCGGUCCGUCGGUCUUCAAGAUCUCCUGUCCGCGGGACAACGCUCGUAUCGUCCGCCGCAUCGUCCAGAACAAGUGGACGCCAAUCUUGGACAAAUACCGCGUCAAACUGCCACUAGAAUGUCCCUUCCACCCCCAACGGGACAUAUUCGGACCACAACAGAAGGCGAAACACCAACACCGACCCUCCCAAUGGACUUGCGGCCUCUGCGGCAAGUCUUUCUUCGAGGAAAAGUACCUCGACAUGCACUUCGACAAUCGGCACAAGGGAUAUAUCAAUAUGGCUGAGGAUGCGGUUUGCCUCGCUGAUUACUGCGACAUAAUGCGAUGCGACGUGCUGAUCACGCAAGACCCGAAGACGGUGUUUCCGGACUUGGAGAACACCGACAUCGAGAUCUGGCGCGAGGGCUCCUCAUACUCGAAGGCGUUGGCCACGUCCGGACCCCGUGACGUCGCCAAGUACACCUUCAAGAACGGCAACUAUCCCCAUCUGCACAACACACUCAAAAUCGUCCCCAAAUCGAAGAAGUCAUGCCAAAAGUCCGACGCUCCAGAUGCUGCCAGCAACAAUGAUGAGCGCAGCUCUGGUGAGGACGACAAAAUCCAGCAGAACGCCAGUUCGAACAACGUGUGCCAGAACGAUUUGGUGGACUCAGCACUGCCCGCCCCCGACAAUAGACAGCAACGAAUCGCCGAGCUGCAGAAGCUGAAGGCCAACUGCAAGCCUGAGGAACUGCAAAAAAUCAAGACCAAGUGCGAGAUACUGGUGCGAGACUGUAUAGCCAGUCUGCUCCUCCAGCUUUCAGUAAAGGACUUCAAGGAAGUCGAAGACGAAUUAAACCGGGCUGUGUGUUGGUACCUGACUUGCGAUAGAUACUGGGAGGACUCCCAGACUGAUAUUAGAAGUUUCCCCUGGGGGCUCCUUUGCAUGAUAAUAAUGGUCAUGUCACUCGGGAUAUGUCUGUGUUACUACGUUAUUUGGGUUCUGUUUGAUACGGACGAUGUGAGUGUGACAAGUGCCAGCAUGACAGACAGGUCGACCCCUUCGCCAGCCCAUUUACUGAGGCCCGACAUGCAAGGUGUCCACGGUCACCCCAACACUGAUGCACAUCAAGUUUACACUGAGGACUAUUAUUUAGCUCCGGAUAAGGACAAUGAGUAUAUCUAUGUGACGUACCCUCCAGAUCUUAAGAGGAGGCUUCUUGAAAGUUGCUACAAUCGAACCACUCGUUUGUGAGAAUGAAGAACUAUUUUCUAUACCAGUCCGUCAUUACACCAAUCAACUUUCCAUUGUAGAUAAAUUAGUCUAGUCAAGUAAAAAGAUGCUAAAGAAAACAAUUGGUGGCAGAUCCAAUGAAUUUACCUUAGUACUAGGUGUAGAAAAAAUGUAGAUUUUAUAUUAACAAAAUCCUGUAGUAAUAGGCUUGGGCUUGCUACUGAUUUAAUUAAUAAUAUUAAUGACUUUAGCAUCUUCUUGUAGUACAAGCUUGAUUAAAUUUUGCAACGAUAGAACAAUUUAGUGUUACUAAUUAGUUAAUUAAUAACUGCUUGUUCAGUUGAUUAAAAGGGCGUACAAUAUUUAAUUUACAAAAAUUGUACACCCCACCAGUCUUGUAUUUAUUUAUUUUUAUUUAAAGACCAAAUAGAUUGUUAGUUUAAAAUUAGCUUAAUAAUUCUUUGCCUCAAAAACAAUCGUUUUUGCUUAAACACCAAAACGAUUUUGUAUUUUUUGGGUGGAGAUUUAACUUUAGAUUAGAUUAGCGGUCAGUUGUGCCUUUAUUUAGUUAAAUCAGAGUUAUCUUUAGCUUCAAAACGUUCCUGUUCGUCACUGACGGGUGGAUUAACUGUACUUUUCUAACAUAAGUAUCCAACUUCUUUUUCAGCAUAAAAUUUCUAUAUAAAAUAUUGCAGAUUCGAUGUGUCAAAUGUUCCCAAUAAAAUUUCUAUGCACUUUUUCAUUCCAUUUUGGCGACAAUGGUCUUAUGAAACAAAUGUUUAACUUAACUAAUAAAAUAUUUAUUAGA